AUGUCUGGAACGUCGCCCGAAUCAACAGGCGAUCACACAGAUACCGAAAGAAAGGAUAUCCCUCGUAAAAGAUCCAAGGUCUCGCGUGCAUGCGAUGCGUGCCGCCGCAAGAAGGUCCGCUGUGACGCAGAGUUCCUGUCGACUUUGCAGAAGGUGACCAAGAUCUGUACCAACUGUCUGAGAACAAACGAUGUGUGCACGUUUGCCAGAGUGCCCUUGAAACGUGGUCCCACAAAGGGCUACUCGCGAGACUCUGCAGACCAACGCAUCGCAGACGAUUCGGAAGUUGUCAAUCGAAGUAGACUGGGGCUGGACCUCACGCCUUUCCCCAAUAUACUGCCUACCAAUGGCACUGCUCCCACGGUAGGAAUGCUAGGCGGAAUCGGGCCACACGCCAGCUUGAGUCUGAGUUUGACCUCCACAGCGACCUCCUCUGCAACUUCCAUCUCAAGCAUGCUGGGCAAUUACAUCAACCACCUGUCGGCGGCGCAAACGAACCACAACCGGAUUGCAACACCGCCCUCGCCCAUUCCACAGCAGCUGGUCAAGCCUUUGCUACAUCGGCUCAAGUUUCUGCCCUCGUCGCCUGCUCCCAUCAUUCUUCCUCCGCUUCUCGGAACAACUCAAGCACAGAAAAUCAACGUCCCACUGGCCGGACCUACAAUCAGCCCUGGCCCACUUUCAGGGUCCAAGAUCCCAGAAAGCAAAGAUUCACGUAUCCAGGGCCCAUUAUGGAAAGUGCCCUACGAGAUGCCAACGGAGCCUUCCGGGCUGGACCCCAUGUCUCCGUCCAUGUCUCUAGAUAGCCGUAGAUCGUCUGUGGACUCUGUCAGCUCCAUUCUGACUGCUGGUCUGCGUUCGCGACUCCCAUCUCUACAGCCACUGACGUCUCUCAAUUCGGAUUUGGCCAUGUCUGACUCUGAUUCCGAAGAUGUGUAUGUUUCUCGCGCCAGAGCCAGUAUCUCGCCCCAGAACUCAAUUUCGUCCCUUCUGUCUCUCAACGGACGUGUUGGCAAACUGCUUACCAUAUCGGCUAAUCCUCCAAAUGCACACUCGCACUCACACUCACAUUCCCUGAGUGUGGGUUCGAUUGGUGCGUUUGGUCCAAUGACUCAACCAGGCUACUCCUACAGUACUCUGCUGACAUCUACGAUCGCGCCUUCAAAUCCUCACUUCACACAUGCGCCAUACGAUGGCCAGCCCGUGCUCGAUCCAGCCAGCUACUACAGCCGAUCUGGAUAUGGUGGGCCAAGCUAUAUUGUACACCAACAGCCUCCAGCAGUGAUGGGCGCGAUCCCACCAGCUCCACAGAGUAUCCAGAACUCUCCAGAAUACAACAUCAGAACGUACUAUUCCAAAUUCCAGGGAAUGUUCCCGGUGUUGCCAUUCGAGGAACAACGGUUGAUUCAGGCUUUGGGUGAUCUUCUGCGCGAGUCGCAACAAUCCAUGCUGUUGGUGCAGCUUUUCUAUUCAGCGCUCAAUAAUCUUGUGAAUUAUCAGAAUAUUCCAGUCGACUGUCUGACAUCACUUCUCCACCAGUUUCUCGAUUUGUAUCCGUUCGAGAAACACGGAAUGCAGGCGACCAACAAUGCCGUGAUGGUGGCCGUCGCUGCUCUCAUCUUGAUCAACUACACAAUUCUUAUCAAGGGCAACUCCUACUCACUCGCAAUAUCCAUUGCCGCUGGCCUUCUAGGUGACUUGAAAAUCUUGGACAAGUUCGCUCUUGUCUGCAAUUCCACUUCGGCCUAUUCUCCGGAUGAUGUGCAGAUCUAUUUGCCCAGACUUCAGAUGUGCUUGUUUAUUAUUGAUGACUGUUACUCGUUGAGCUUCGGCACCCAGCCCCGUGUCCAAGGAGAUUUCGAUUUAUUGGUCAAAACCAUACCUCAAACCUUCCCCGAGCUGUUUGCACAACUGGCGUUCGUAUCCAAUUUGCCCAUUGCGAAAAUCUUCCACAACCUUCUGGUCUUGAAGGGAAAAGAUCUCACAAACAGAACCAAAACCAAGUCAUCCAUUUUGGCGCAAAGCGGUUCCGUUCCCGAGUCGUCAUUCGCGUCCUUGUUUUCGACAAUAAUCAAGGACAAGUAUGAGCUCUUCGACUUCUUCGUCGAGGUCUUGUCGUACAUGCGCUCGUUGCCAGCCACCAAGACUCAAGAUGAGGACGUUCGCGAGCAAAUCUACGAUUUCCAGCUCAAGAUCAUCCGCUUGAUCCGGAAGCUUUCCCAGUCUGUCUUGGACUUUGCAAACUACAUCUCUAGCAUCUACUUCCAGACCAAAGGCCAGGCCACAGACAUCUCAAGUUCUCCUUUUUUCAACGUGAGUUAUGGCCACAGCUUCAAAUUGAUCAACGCGUGCAAGAAGAUCUUGGACUCGCUCAUCAACCACAUGAACGAAAACGAUAUCAUCAGCCGGCUUGUCAAGAUCAACAACGAUUUGUCCAUUUCCUACAACUUGCUUGUCAGCAACUUGAACAAUAAUUUCCACAACAUAAGCAACGCCAAGAACAAUACGUACGGCAACUCCCUUAAUAGAAGUAGCUCUGGAGCUACGUUGACUGCCUCGCCCGAGGUGCCGGAGAUCGGUGGCCUUGGCACUGCUUGUAUUCUGUUGGUGACAUCCAAGUUGGAGGGAUACAAUCUUAGCUUCAACAACUUGCCUUCAAAGUUCGAUCUGAAUGCCAAUGCGAACCAAACGGCCAACAUGAGCGGUUGGAACACUGAGUUAUCUGGUAUUUAUGAAUCGCUCAUACUCAACGAGGAUGUUGAAGGGUGGUAUUAG